AUGAGCAGUGAGCUUGCCGGGGUGAAGGAAACUGUGCGUCAUCUCGUGGCUUCGGUGUUUGAAGAAGAGUAUGCUGUCAUGAUCACGAUCAUCACGUUCACCGAGAGUUCGCAGGGCUGUUUCGUGACGAACCACAGCUUCACGGAAGGAGACGAAGCCAUCGAUUUCAUAAAGUCGGUCCAGCUCUGUGUGCCGCCUGGAAACCCCAGCGUGAGUGCCAACGGAGGUGACGGUGAUGAGAACCAAAAGGCUGCGUUGGCUGAGCUACUGACGCUGGACAACACGAUGCCCACUAUAGCCUUCCUUAUCACUGACGCGGGUCCGCAUCUCCUUGCGGAGACCAGGACGUGCGAAGCCGAACACGAAAUUAAUUACCUGAAGAAGAAGCACUCGAUCGUGGACUCGGACAUGUUCAACGUACUUGCCUUGGUACAGGCACAUUACGAGGGUAACCUCAUCGUGAACGUCGUCAAGUACAUCAAGAACAGCGAUCAUCGCAUGUAUGGCUGCAUCGCCAAGAAGUUCGACGGAGUUCUCAUCGAACCGAAGUGUCUAGCCGGUAAACUAGGAUACAACGACGCACUGGAUCGAGCCACUACACUCGUCGAGAAGAUCCGUGAAUUGAUGCCAGAGGAACAUCAAAGUCACUUGAAACUCACUGCGACGUCACUGCCUGCUGUGCUACAACAAAAGAUCAGCUCAACGAGUGAGUUGACGGCAUCAGUGAGUGCGAUCACACUGCUGACGACACAAGAGGCAACGGAGGACGAACUGGAGGAAGACGACGUGUUCGACCCCAAGACAGUACUACAGACUGUAGCCAGCUGGUCGACGCAGCGUCAGCAACAUGGCUACCCCUCCACCAGUUGUCUGGCAAGAGGUGUACGACGGGAUCAAGCGCCGCCAUGCUGCCGCUAUAUCCAGCGUAUCGAGGAUAUCAAACACCUCCGCCAGAAAGCCCCUCAGCAUGCCCCACCAGCGACACUGGAGAUUCCUGAAGACUACAAAAGGACACCUAGUAGGACGCAUUCUCUCCUACCACUUGCCUUGGUACAGGCACAUUACGAGGGUAACCUCAUCGUGAACGUCGUCAAGUACAUCAAGAACAGCGAUCAUCGCAUGUAUGGCUGCAUCGCCAAGAAGUUCGACGGAGUUCUCAUCGAACCGAAGGUACGUGCAGCCCAGCAAUUAGCAAGCGGUCUUAUGGUCAUCCUCUCCAAGAUGUUCGAUCGUUGUGCCGGUGGAACUUUUACUGAGGAUGAUACUGUGAAUGAUGCCGCUCUCGACACCUUCAUCUUCUACGACCUGGAGGAGUUUACGGUCCCGUCAGGUGAAGCUGAUGUCAUUCACAACUACCUCCCAGUGGCUGGAGAUACGCGUGACGUGCUCUUUGCUUUCCUAGAUCGAGCUACUGUUGUGAUUGGCGAUCGCUUCGCCAAACGUGCAAUUGCAGCUUCAGGGCUGAAAGAACAAGUGGAGCUGUUGAUCACAAUUGCGCAGUGUCUAGCCGGUAAACUAGGAUACAACGACGCACUGGAUCGAGCCACUACACUCGUCGAGAAGAUCCGUGAAUUGAUGCCAGAGGAACAUCAAAGUCACUUGAAACUCACUGCGACGUCACUGCCUGCUGUGCUACAACAAAAGAUCAGCUCAACGAGUGAGUUGACGGCAUCAGUGAGUGCUAUCACACUGCUGACGACACAAGAGGCAACGGAGGACGAACUGGAGGAAGACGACGUGUUCGACCCCAAGACAGUACUACAGACUGUAGCCAGCUGGUGUAGGAUAAUGCGUCCUUAA